GAUGGAAACCAUUCAAAUAAAAGUUGAUGACGUAAAUGAAUGUCCAAUAGUUCACAGACCUAAAAAUUUUGAAAAUGUUCUGUUGAAUGCUAGUUUUGGAGCUAACCUUUCAUUUUAUGAUAUCGUUGCAUCUGAUAAUGAUAUUUCUACAUUUUCCGAGAUAUAUUAUUCAAAUGUUACUAAAGGAAGAAAGAAUAAAGGACUUUUCCAUAUGAAAGAAAAUUCUUUGAAAAUUUUCGUAUCCGUUUCUCCUUUACCCGAAGGUCAAUACGUGAUUGAUGUUGUUGCAUUCGAUAAAUCUCAUGAACCCUGUUCAAGUACAAAUACUUUAACGAUAAAUAUAUUACCAGCAGGAUUAGCUUCAGAUAAUUUUAACAAUGACGACACAACUACCACUGGAAUGACCACUUCCAGCGAAUAUUAUACAACAACAAGUUCGCAGUCAUUUCUACAUUUUCGGAGAAAUCUACCAAAAUGA